AGGCUGUAUUGGUGGAAGAACUGACCAACAAACUCUGGAAUUUCUGAACUUCCUCGUCGUCGUCGUCGCCGGUCCGGUGGUUUCUCUCAACUUCUCCGCCGAGACGACUGACGCUGUAAAAAUCAGGCACGGGGGAAGAAGGAAGAAGAUGACUUUCUCAAUCGUCUCUUUCCCCAUCUGCGCAAGAAUCACGCUGAUUUGGUUUCUCACUUGUCUUAUAUCCGUAUCUUCUAAUCCCGGAGUCUUCAAUGUUAAGUACCGUUAUCCAAGGCUUCAAGGGUCUUUAAGCGCCUUAAAGGAGCACGAUGACCGGCGUCAGCUCACAAUUCUCGCCGGAAUCGAUCUACCCCUUGGUGGAACUGGUCGUCCUGAUAUCCCCGGGCUUUAUUAUGCAAAAAUUGGAAUUGGAACACCUGCUAAGAGCUAUUAUGUUCAAGUCGACACAGGCAGUGAUAUUAUGUGGGUUAACUGCAUCCAGUGCAAACAAUGUCCUAGACGAAGCACUCUCGGUAUUGAGCUUACACUCUACAACAUUGACGAAUCAGACAGUGGAAAGUUGGUCUCUUGUGAUGAUGAUUUUUGCUACCAGAUUAGUGGUGGUCCUCUCUCAGGCUGCAAAGCUAAUAUGUCUUGUCCUUAUCUUGAGAUUUAUGGAGAUGGUAGCUCUACUGCUGGUUAUUUUGUCAAAGAUGUUGUGCAGUAUGACAGUGUAGCUGGUGAUCUCAAGACUCAAACAGCUAAUGGGAGUGUCAUAUUUGGGUGUGGUGCUAGGCAGUCAGGAGAUCUAGACUCUUCUAAUGAAGAAGCACUUGACGGAAUACUUGGAUUUGGGAAAGCUAAUUCCUCCAUGAUUUCCCAGCUGGCCUCAUCAGGGAGAGUGAAAAAGAUAUUUGCUCAUUGCUUAGAUGGAAGAAAUGGAGGUGGUAUAUUUGCUAUUGGGCGUGUUGUGCAACCAAAAGUAAACAUGACACCAUUGGUACCCAAUCAACCACAUUACAAUGUCAAUAUGACAGCAGUUCAAGUUGGUCAGGAGUUCCUAAAUAUCCCAGCGGAUUUAUUUCAGCCUGGAGAUAGAAAAGGAGCGAUAAUUGACAGUGGUACAACCUUGGCCUAUCUUCCAGAGAUAAUCUAUGAACCAUUGGUGAAGAAGAUAACCUCGCAGGAGCCUGCUCUGAAAGUACACAUAGUGGAUAAAGAUUAUAAAUGCUUUCAGUACUCUGGAAGAGUUGAUGAGGGGUUUCCGAAUGUCACUUUCCAUUUCGAGAACUCGGUUUUCCUUAGGGUUUAUCCUCAUGACUAUUUGUUCCCUUACGAAGGAAUGUGGUGCAUUGGUUGGCAAAAUAGCGCAAUGCAGUCCAGGGAUAGGAGAAACAUGACACUUUUGGGAGAUUUGGUGCUUUCAAACAAACUUGUUCUCUACGAUCUCGAAAAUCAGCUCAUUGGAUGGACUGAGUACAACUGCUCAUCAAGCAUAAAAGUAAAAGACGAAGGCACAGGAACAGUUCAUCUAGUAGGCUCACAUUUUAUCUCUUCUGCAUUACCUUUGGAUACCUGUCUGUUUCUACUCUCUGUACUUCUCCUCAUGACUAUGUUCCUCCUUUAGAGACUCCAUAUAGUUUAUCUUUUGUACAUAGAUUCAACAUUUUGCUAAAAUGGUAAAAAAAAAAAAAAAAGGUCUGAUA